CCGUCAUCUGACCACCGCUCCAGCUGGCCCUCUACUAGUUUUUGACAACAACGACUCUGCCGACAAUGUUCACUUGACCAUUGGUUACAAAACGUCCAUAACUCAUUCUUAGUCUUUUGUGUUUUUCAUUUUUAGUUUUGUGCAUCAUGGAGACGGCUGCGCCCAAAAGUAGGCUGAAAAAACUGAGUGAGGACAGUUUGACCAAACAACCAGAAGAAGUGUUUGAUGUUCUUGAGAAACUAGGCGAAGGCUCUUAUGGCAGCGUCUUUAAAGCCAUCCAUAAGGAGUCAGGACAGGUGGUGGCCAUCAAACAGGUUCCUGUGGAGUCUGAUCUGCAGGAAAUAAUCAAGGAGAUUUCCAUUAUGCAGCAGUGUGACAGUCCAUAUGUAGUGAAAUACUAUGGCAGCUACUUCAAGAACACAGACCUGUGGAUUGUCAUGGAGUAUUGUGGAGCCGGCUCUGUCUCUGACAUCAUCAGACUGCGCAACAAGACGUUGACCGAAGAUGAGAUUGCCACCAUCCUAAAGUCAACACUGAAGGGUCUUGAAUACCUUCACUUCAUGAGGAAGAUCCAUCGUGACAUCAAGGCAGGAAACAUCCUUCUCAACACUGAGGGACAUGCCAAACUGGCAGACUUCGGAGUUGCAGGACAAUUAACGGACACGAUGGCAAAGAGAAACACAGUGAUUGGCACCCCAUUCUGGAUGGCCCCGGAGGUGAUCCAGGAGAUCGGCUACAACUGUGUAGCAGACAUUUGGUCUCUGGGCAUCACAUCCAUAGAGAUGGCAGAGGGCAAACCCCCUUAUGCUGAUAUUCAUCCCAUGAGGGCUAUCUUUAUGAUUCCCACCAACCCACCUCCUACAUUCAGGAAGCCUGAGCUUUGGUCAGAUGAUUUCACAGACUUUGUCAAGAAGUGUUUGGUUAAGAACCCCGAACAGAGAGCAACCGCCACGCAGCUCCUACAGCAUCCAUUCAUCAGCCAAGCAAAGCCAGUUACAAUCCUGAGAGACCUGAUAACUGAAGCCAUGGAGAUGAAAGCCAAGAGGCAGCAGGAGCAGCAGCGAGAGCUGGAGGAGGAGGAUGACAACUCGGAGGAGGAAACUGAAGUGGACUCUCACACUAUGGUGAAGUCAGGCUCAGAGGGGGCCGGCACCAUGCGGGCUACCAGCACUAUGAGUGAUGGGGCUCAGACCAUGAUUGAGCAUGGGAGCACCAUGCUGGAGUCAGACCUGGGCACUAUGGUCAUCAACAGUGAUGAUGAAGAAGAGGAGGAAGACCAGGGAUCGAUGAGAAGACACGCCACCCCCCAGCAGCCCAUACGUCCAUCAUUCAUGGAUUAUUUUGACAAGCAGGAUUCCAACAAGGCAGCCCAGCAGCAGGAGAACUACAACCACAACCAGCCACAGGAGCAGCCCGGUUACCACAUCCAGUCUAAAAACGUCUUCCCUGACAACUGGAAGGUUCCCCAGGAUGGAGACUUUGACUUUUUGAAGAAUCUGGAUUUUGAGGAGCUGCAGUUGCGCCUGAGUGCCUUAGAUCCCAUGAUGGAGCGGGAAAUUGAGGAGCUCAGGCAGCGUUACACAGCCAAAAGACAGCCUAUCCUGGAUGCAAUGGAUGCUAAGAAGAGACGACAGCAGAACUUCUGAGUGUUGUUUCUCCUCCCCUGGUCUAGUUUUCCCAGAAGCCAGCACUAAACGUAUGUCUCAGUGACUCAGGGGAAAUAAAGAUGACCAUAAUGUUUUCAUUGGAUGCCCUGUUCUAACAGUUAAUUCCCCUCUGAAUGAAGUUGAAACUUUUUUUUUUUUCUUCAAUGACAUCCAUUAGACUCUUGGAAUUCACUCCCACCAGCUUUUGUUAGUUGUUUUUGCUCUACAGUUCCUGUGUAGUUGUUUUCUUAUGAGCAAUGCUCAGGACUGUAGCCAAAAAGAGAAGCAACCCGAGACCAUUAGACAUCCGAAAGUCACAAAAAGGAAUUUCCUCUUUUCUCUGUGACAUGCCCGUCAUGUCAUGCACCCUCUGAAAAUUAGCAUCUACACAUAAGGAAACCCUCUGCAGCAGAGUCUUUCUUUUUUCUUUUUAUCAGACUUUUUUAUGUUGUGUGUAAAUAAAAUCUAGAGCCUAGUAUAAAAAUACCUGCAUCAAAAGCUGUGGUUCAUCCAUGACCAAAGACAAUCAAAAUUAUGUUGGUAAGGAAGUAGAGAAUGCCUUAAAAUAUUUUAAAUUUAGUUUUAGUGAGAAGCAAUGUGAUAAAAGAGCCAAGUCAUUGGAUGUUUGAAUCCAUUUCUUCACAAGGAGACGAGCCCGAGAAGAGUGGUUGAAGCCGACAAUGAAUAACAGAUCAUGCAUGUUUUCACUUCUUUGUGGACCACAAGAAUUUAAAUUGUAUCUCAUCAGUCUUUAUCUUCUUUUAUUUAAAUUGUUUGCUCAAGUAUGUUGUUUUGGCUUUGUUAUAUGCAGCCACUGCACUGUCUACAGUAACUGACACCAUGUAUCUUAGUGCCUCUUGACUCUUCAAUCCCACACUGCUCUUGGACCUUCAUGCAUUUAAAAUCUGAGUCUUCGAGAACCAAGUGAUCCGUUAUUUAGGAUAUAAUUAAGACAGAUUUGACAGACUCAAUUUUUUUAAAUAUUUCACAUUAUGAGGAAUGGAUUUGAAAUUGGAGGGACUUUUAAAACCUUUCCACUCUCUGACAUCCUCUCCAUAAAGCAGUAGAAGAAACUGGAGUUCAGGGAAGUAGGCAGUCCUGAAUUCUAAGAGUUUAUUUGCUGUAAUAAUAAAGCUAAAAAAAAAGAAAUUACCUUAGUAAGAUCAUUUAAAAUAAACAGCCGCGUCAUCGGACGCCAUCCAUUUUUUUUAUUACAGUAAAAGCUUCUUCCAGUUGUUGCUUAUGUGUUAUUUUAGCAAUGAUGCAUGAAAGUGCUUUAUCAUUUUUGUUUCGUGUGAUGCUAUCAAUGAAGGAAUCAAAGCGUACUGCACCUUGUGGGUGCUGGGACACAAGCUCAUUUUUAAAAGCUAAAACAAAAAGGAUCACACACAAGUGUUUGUCUUGUUUCUUUUGUACAAAUGAGGGUUAUUUCUGCGCUGGAGCUCCAUAAUGUCAGUACCAGCACAUGUAAUGGUCAGUAAGUAGAAAUCUGUUAAGAAAUGCAGAUUUCUUUGCUGUUGUCUUGCCACUUUAAUAACUGAAUUCAAGGCAAUUUAUUGAUAUUAAUACUGACUUUUAUGUGAUUGUUCUUUCCUCUUAAAUAUCAAAAUAAUGUAAAAAAAAAAAUCAUUGAACGGUUCAUUGGAAAUUAAUAGAUUAGCAGGAGCUGUUAUGGCUUCUGUGUUUCUGUUGGUGUGGAUUGUUUUGAUCAUUUUCAUGCUAACAUCGACUCUGAAUGAAUUAAUUCUGUCUUAAUAUCAAAUACAUGUAGAGCAUGUGUGCACAUUGCUGUUACAUAUGAAUGUGAUUUGCCAGUUUUAAUAAAACAGACCUGUUACAUUGUCUUACUGCUUCAUCUGAUGAGCAGUGAGGCAGAAAUGAGCUGACGUCACCAACCUGAAUCCAGAUUUCAAUCAGUACUAAGCUGCUUGUGAAUUGUAAUGUCUGGUUGUUUUUUGUUAUACUUUGUUUUAUUUUUCUACUAAAUGUGAACCAGAUCUUUGGAUGGAGAUCUAAUAAAUAUUUGCAUCUGCAACUUGGGUUAAAAAAUUCACCUUUUAUUUAUUAAAUGUGUUGUUUUUUUUCUUUUUGUCACAUUGAUUUCAAUCUGGUCGCUGAUGUGGCUGUUAAUUCAUUUGCCCCUUGGCCCAGCUGAUGUGUUGACCCCUCAGUCAUCAGACUAAGCAUGUUUGCUAUGUAGAGGAAUGCUGUUGUAUUGACUGCACCAGGAAGAGGACUGGUAAUACCGAUGGAUUAUUUUGAUUUAGCUUUUAAUAAAAACUUUGCUCUGUUCAAUUAAAAAAAGGUGAUAAGGAAAAUUAUAUUGCUUAGCACUGGCCAUAAAAUGUACCAUUCUGAAAUACCAUUUUGUAAUAUCUUUAUAUGAUUUGUCUUCCUUUACUUUUACUUUAUUGUGACUUAAGGGUGUAGAGUGGAAUGUAAGCAGUCAUGUUUAAACCACUUAAUUUAUGUUUUUGUUUGUAAUACUUACUAUAAAACUUAUAAAGUUUUUAAAAAUGUAAAAAAUAAUAAAGGUUACUUACAGUUAA